GUCCAAUGCUAAACCCACUUUCUUCCAUGGCCCCUCGUUAACAAUCACGCACCUAAAACCCACAUGCCUUUCUACUCCAUGUGAAUGCGAGUUCAGGGAAGGCGCUUUUUUGCGAGAAGUCAAAAUCGUUGAUCCAACGACACUAAGCACCUAAUGGCAGAUCUACAAUCUCCCCCAUCACAUCCACCUCCUCCACCGCCACCAACGCCACCGCGCUCCACCACGGAUCUCUUCGGUGACCCGAUCGAUUCCCAUCCCUUAUGGUUCAAGCAGUCCUCAUUCCUCGAUCCAAACUUCGACUCUAACGCCUACAUCUCCGACCUCCGAACGUUUGUCCCAUUCGAAACCCUCCGAUCCGAGCUUAACUCCCACCUUUCUUCCCUCAAGCACGAGUUAAUCGAGCUCAUCAAUCGCGACUACGCCGACUUCGUCAAUUUGAGCACCAAGCUCGUGGAUGUCGAUUCGGCCAUUGUUCGGAUGCGGGCCCCAUUGAAUGAGAUCAGAGAAAAGAUAUUGGUGUUCCGUGGGACAGUGGAGGGAUCUUUAAUGGCGUUGCAGAGUGGGUUGAAACAAAGGGCGGAGGCUUCGGCCGCGAGGGAGGUGUUGGAGCUUUUGCUCGAUACCUUUCAUGUUGUGUCAAAGGUUGAGAAACUGAUAACAGAGCUGCCUAGUUUGCCUGCCGAUUGGUCCAAUGGAGAUGUGAAUUAUACAGAAAAUGGUCAUUUAAGCAAUGGUAUCUCCUUACAACAUGCUGAAAAUGGAACAAGUCUCAGGGAGACUCAAAGCAUGCUUUUGGAGAGAAUUGCCACCGAAAUGAACAGGCUCAACUUCUACAUUUCCCAUGCGCAGAAUCUGCCCUUCAUUGGGAACAUGGAGAAGAGGAUACAGAGUGCUAGUGCAUUGUUGCACACAAGCUUGGGAUGCUGUUUUGUAGAUGGCCUGGAACAUCGGGAUUCAAUUGCAAUAUACAAUUGCUUACGUGCAUAUGCAGCGAUUGAUAAUACCAAGAGCGCUGAAGAAAUUUUUCGUACAAAUGUUGUGGCACCGUUGAUACAGAAAAUUAUUCCAAACAAUUCAUUGGGGGUCACUGGUGGGGCAUCUGGAGAUGCACUUGAGGAGGAUUAUAAACAAGUCAAGCAAUUUGUUGAAAAAGAUUGUAAAUUUUUGUUGGAAAUUUCUUCUACAGAAAAUUCAGGUUUGCAUGUAUUUUGCUUCCUGGCUAACUCAAUCCUUAAAGAGGUUCUCUCGGCAAUCCAAAGGGAAAAACCAGGGGCCUUUUCUCCUGGAAGACCUACAGAGUUUCUAAAAAAUUAUAUAUCAAGCCUGGAUUUCUUGACUCAUUUAGAAGGUUACUGCCCAUCCAGAUCUGCGGUUGUGAAAUUUCGAGCGGAGGCAGUCUAUAUUGAUUUUAUGAAGCAGUGGAAUGUUGGGGUCUAUUUCUCAUUGAGGUUUCAGGAGAUUGCCAGGGCUUUGGAUUCUGCACUUGUGGUUGCUAGUCUUAUGCCAGUUCAGAACUCAAAUUCUUACCAACAAAAUUCUCAACAUUUAAAGUUAAAGCAAAGUGUCUCUCUUUUAGAGUGCUUGAGAUCCUGCUGGAGAGAGGAUGUUCUUGUUCUUUCUUGCUCUGACAAGUUUCUUCGCUUAUCUUUGCAGCUCCUUUCUAGAUACUCAAAUUGGUUGUCAGCUGGACUGGCUGCUCGUAAAGCUGGUAAUGCUGGCUCGAGCACUGGGUCUGAAUGGGCUAUUUCUGCUCUACCAGAUGAUCUCAUAUAUGUGAUUCAUGAUUUAGAUUGUCUGGUGAUGGAGAUUUGUGGUGAUUACCUGGGACAAGUACUUGAGCUUCUCAAGUCAUGCUCUGCCGAAAUACUUGAUCUUGUAAAACAGAGCAUUUUACAGGGUGGAAAAUCUUUAAAGGAGCUUGUACCUCAAGUGAUGAACUCAAUAGUAGAAACACUAGUUGAGAAGUCUGUGGAGGACUUGAGACAACUGAAAGGAAUAACUGCAACGUACAGGAUGACUAAUAAACCUCUCCCUAUCAGACAUUCACCAUACGUCACAGGAGUGUUACGACCUUUGAAGGCAUUUUUGGAUGGAGAGCGAGCGGUCACAUAUCUAACAACUGAAAUCAAGAAUGAAAUCUUACACGGCACUGCCUUUGAGAUUACUGGUCGUUAUCAUGAAUUAGCUGCAGACCUUGUUAAUGUGGCUAGGAAAACGGAGUCUUCACUUCAGAAGAUACGUCUGGGUGCACAAAGGCGAGCUGGAGCAAGCUCAGAUGUCUCAGACCAUAAUGUGUCUGAUACUGACAAAAUAUGUAUGCAAUUGUUUCUUGAUAUUCAGGAGUAUGGGCGCAACCUUAAUGCUCUUGGAGUUGAUGCAGCAAAAAUUCCUGCAUUUCGUUCUUUGUGGCAGUGUGUUGCUCCUUCAGACAGGCAGAAUACAAUAAACUUCUAG